AUUAAGGUGUGGUCACAUUAGCAAAAUAUGUGACUCGUGCAAAAUUCCUCAUCACAUAAAUUCCCUGUUGAUGUUGUAAUGAUUUAUUAACACGUGAAGUGUACAUACUAAGGCCAGAUCAUGGAAAAGUUACUGUUGGGCAAACUAACAAUUUUUAUUUCCUUCUGUAGACUUUCCCUGGAAAUACAAAUUCAGAUGGGACUGUUCACCACAAGCUCUCACACUCCAUAAGAACACGAUUUCUGCGGUUCUUGCCGGUGGACUGGAGUCCCGGGGGAUGGAUGGGGCUCAGAGUGGAGGUCUACGGCUGUGCAUACAAGUCGGAUGUUGCAGACUUCAACGGCAGGAGCUCUUUGUUGUACCGGUUUAAUCAGAAGUCCACCAGCACUGUGAAAGACGUCAUCUCUCUACGGUUUAAGAGCCAGCGUGCGGAUGGGGUCCUUGUGCAUGGAGAGGGACAAAGAGGCGAUUACAUCACCCUAGAGCUGCAUAAGGGCCGACUAGCCCUGCAUAUCAAUCUGGAUGAUGCUAAGACGCACCCUAGCAGUGUCCAUGUCUCUGUGUUUCUGGGAAGUCUUCUGGACGACCAGCACUGGCACUCCGUCCUGAUUGAGCGGUUUAACAAACAGAUCAACUUCACUGUGGACAGACUAACCAAACACGUGAGGACAGGUGGGCUGGAUGAUUCACUAGAGGUUGAUUAUGAGCUCAGCUUUGGAGGAAUCCCACUUCCUGGAAAACCAGGCACGUUCCUGCGGAAAAACUUCCAUGGCUGUAUGGAGAACCUCUACUACAACGGAGUCAACAUCAUAGACUUAGCCAAACGACGCAAACCUCAAAUCUACAGUGUGGGGAACGUGACUUUUACCUGCUCAGAGCCUCAACUGGUAUCCGCCACCUUCUUAAGCUCCAGCAGCAGUUUCCUGUCCCUUCCUUUGGAUGCUGCCACUGAAACACUGUCAGUGACGUUCCAGUUCCGAACGUGGAACCGGGAAGGGAUGCUACUGUCGGCCUGGCUGAGGCGGGAGUCGGAGAGACUGCUUUUGCUUCUCGUUCAUGGCCAGCUUAGACUCACACACCACAGAUCAGCAUUGCAAAGCUCUGAUAUAGUCAUCGGUCAGGCUCUGAGUGACGGCCAAUGGCACACGGUAACCAUUAGCGUGGGAGGUUUCCAGGUUUCCCUCUCAGUGGACGACAAGCCACCGUCCACCAUGAAGCUGAAGGACAUCGCACAGCCUGGGAGGAGUUUGCUAAUUGGAGGUUGCCCAUCAGUAUUAACCAAUCAGGGUUGCCGGAAUCCGACACUGGCCUAUCAAGGCUGCAUACGCUCUGUUAUCAUUAACAACCAGCCAAUCAACUUCUACCUGGUGCAGCAAGGCCUGCUGGGAAACUACAGCAAGAUCCAGUUUGACAUCUGUGGCAUUCGUGACAGAUGUCUUCCUAACUACUGCGAGCAUGAUGGAGAAUGUUCUCAGUCCUGGAAAACAUUCUUCUGUGACUGUUCAGGAACAGGAUACACAGGAGCCACCUGUCAUAACUCCAUCUUUGAACCCUCCUGCGAGGCCCACCGGCUCACAGGAAGUGCCUCAGGCUUUUUCUCAAUCGAUCCUGAUGGAAGCGGACCGCUCAAAUCCACCGUCGUCUACUGCAACAUUACCGAUGAUAAGGUUUGGACCGUAGUGAAUCACAACAGCACAGAGAUGGUGAGGGUUCAAGGGUCGUCGCUUCAGAAGCCCCACGUGAUGAAGUUUAACUACAGCGCGUCUCUGGAACAGCUGCGGACGCUCGUGGGCAAGUCUGAACAGUGCCAGCAGGAAGUCGUUUAUCUCUGCAGGAAGUCCCGCCUCUUCAACACAUGGGAUGGAACGCCCUUGUCCUGGUGGCUGGACCGGGCAGGAGAGAGAAGGACGUACUGGGGUGGAUUUCUCCCCGGGGUGCAGCAGUGCGCCUGCAGUCUGGAUGAAAACUGCAUCGAUAUGAACCACUUCUGCAACUGUGACGCUGACCGCAGCUCAUGGGAGAAUGACACAGGAGUGCUGUCCUACAAAGAGCACUUACCAGUAACCGAGAUCUUGGUAGGAGACACGAACCGAAGCGGGUCCGAAGCCGUUUACAGAGUGGGAUCUCUGCACUGCUACGGGGACAGGUUUCUGUGGAACGCCGCUUCCUUCUACCAGGAGUCGUCUUACCUGCACUUCUCAACACUUCAGGCCGAGCUCAGCGUCGACAUCUCGCUCUAUUUCAAAACCACGGCUCCCUCCGGAGUCUUCCUGGAAAAUUUGGGCACAAAAGACUUCAUUAGAGUGGAGCUCAGUGCACCCUCUGUCGUGACGUUCACGUUUGAUGUGGGUAACGGGCCGGUGGUUCUGACGGUAAAGUCUCACGUGCCGCUGAACGACAAACAGUGGCAUUACGUCCGAGCCGAGAGGAAUGUGAAGGAGGCGUCGCUGCAGGUGGACCAGCUGCCCUUGCGUUUCCUGGAGGCCCCGUCUGAAGGCCACACCCACCUUCAGCUCAACAGCCAGCUGUUCAUUGGAGGCACAGCAUCGAGACAGAGAGGAUUUCUAGGGUGCAUCAGGUCAUUAAACAUAAACGGGAUGACACUUGACCUUGAGGAGCGUGCUAAAAUGACUCCAGGAGUCAGUCCGGGGUGUCCGGGACACUGCAGCAGCCAAAACAGUUUGUGUCACAACAGGGGGAAAUGUAUCGAGAAGAGUAGUGGCUACGUUUGUGAUUGCACACAUUCGGCCUACGGAGGACCCAACUGCAAGAAAGAAGUUUCCGUGUCCUUUGAAAGCGGGUCCUCGGUGACCUACACCUUCCAGGAACCGUUUUCCGUGAUGCGCAACCACAGCCAUCAGUCCUCAGCUAUCUUCGCCCAAAGCAGCAAUUCACGAGAGAGCAUCACCUUCAGUUUCCUCACUACUCAAAUGCCUGCCAUGCUUCUGACAGUCAACACCUAUCAUCAACAGUACAUGGCCAUUAUUUUGGCUCACAAUGGGAGUUUGCAGAUUUGGUAUCGGCUGAACAGAGAUAAAGGGCCUGACGUCUUUACACCAACAUCCCAUAAUUUGGCCAAUGGAGAGCUCCACAGAGUCCAGGUCCAUAGAGAAGGAAGGGACAUGUAUGUCCAGAUUGAUAAAGAUACCAAUCUGAAAUACAGCCUGUCCACGGACAAAGAGUUGAUCACGAUAAGAUCUUUGACAUUGGGGAAAGUCACAGGUCGAGCUGGUGUAGAUGAGGAGGUUCUCCAUGCUGGAUCGAAAGGUUUCAUUGGCUGUCUGUCUUCAGUUCAGUUCAACCAUUUGGCUCCUCUCAAGGCGGCCAUAUUGAAUCGAGGCAGCUCGUUGGUCAAUGUUCUUGGUAACCUGGUAGAGUCAAAUUGCGGCGAGCUGGCUGAUAAGUCUUCAUCCAGAUCUUUGUCAGAUCAUGCAGACACAGGAAGUAGAGGGAAGAAACUUACGAACGCUACCCAAAGUGACUCUGCUGUAAUUGGCGGUUUGAUAGCAGCGGUAGUGCUCAUUACCCUCUGCGCCGUGGCCGUGAUGACCCGCUUCCUGUACCGCCAUCGACACGAGCGUACCCGGCAGAUGGCCUCCGUCAAGGAGAAAGAUCACCAGCCCAGGCCAGAACUCAGAUACCGGGCCGAGUUGGACCUACACAGUGCCAUGAGAGACAGCAGGAAAGAGUACUUCAUCUGACCUGUGGCAUACGAACCUCGUGACCCCCACUGAGUCGCUAUGACCCUAACGUUCGGCGCCAACUCAGUGGACAGGGAUUGGGGACAGGAAGUCAGCUGAGCCUUGUGAACACAGCCAGUGCCCUUCACCCACCCAACCACUGUCCUUUAGCAUCCUGGAUUCAGGGAAUGGAAAGCACACAACACAGAUACGUUGAAUUAUAGUGGGACGCAGGCAGCGUGGCGGAUUUGAACAGAACGGGUUUAUAUGGGUUGUUCUUUGCUCUGGAUUUAGACAAAACGUUCCCAAGAGUUAGAAGAUCAGGUGGCUUCAAAGCUCAGAAGCUGUACCCAAACAUGGCCUUCAGCCCUUUGUAGAGGAUGGAGAAUCAAACGUUUGAAGCGACUCUUUUGCUUUCAGGGCUAAUUAUUUAACCAGACAACAAAGAGAUUACAGAAUCGUUGAGAAUCACUCUGGCAGACAAACAAACACUCGACGGUCUCCGGUCUGUGGACCGUGACCAAUCAAACGGCUCUGUUGUGGUACUAAUCCAGCACGAAUGGUCUUGUUCAGCCACAGGCGAGCAUGAUGUAGUGAUGCAAAUAAAGUGGGUGAUGUUACCACUGGGGGCUCUUUCACUUCCUCCUUCCUCUGCUCUGUUUCUCCUUCAUUCACUUCUUAUUUCCUUUCCUAAGGACUACUUAAAAACGGCAUUCAUAAUGCAUUUAGCUUAACAGUCAUGUGACAAUUCGCAGAGAGAAAGAACAGGAGAUAUGACUUGAUUGCAUCCAUGAUUGAGUUGUGUAAAGCAGGUGUUAUGCUGAGGUGAGUGAUUGGAGGGGAGGGAUUGGUGGUAGCAUUUCAAAAGGAGGAGGAGCAAGUUAUUUCAUUUAGAAAAAGUUCCCAAAAACUUAUUGUAUUAUUAUUUGGAGUAAUUUCCACUGAAGAAUGAUUCAGAAUAAGGCCAUUUGAUCAUGUUUAUGUCAUAUAUUUCAAAGUGAAAUUGAAAGAUUUUAUUCAGCGGGAUAUUGGUCAAUAGUAUUAUUAUUGGUCAAUAUUGGUCAGGAGUGAUAUUGGUCAAUAUUAUUUUUCCUGCCAAUUUGGAUACAUACGCUGAAACGUUUUAUUAAAAACAUUGAUUCAUGCACAGUAAACCUUGGAUCAUUUAUUGAGACAUUUUCGAUUUGUCUGUAAAGACCCCAUACAAUGAUUUGACGCUGCUUUGGAGUAUUUCCUGUUGGUGCUUUAUCUUAAGCAGCAGAAUGCUUUACAGCAUACUUUGCAUCAUAAAUUAUGUUGCUAAUCAGUUGUAGUUGGUAUCCGGGGGAGGAAAAUUCUCAGUCUAGAAUAUUUGGACACAAAUCUGUGGAGUUCGCAAGACAAGUCCUCAGACUGCUUGGUCUGUUGUGCUAGAAGAUCAUUGUAAAUCUCAAAUGUGUAGAGGUGCUUAAUGUUUAUUUAGUCAACUUUUAAAGGCGUGCUACCAUAUAAAUGGCCUCAAAGCUAAUAGACAUGAUCUUACAAGCCACGGAACUCCAAUUUUGAUUUCACUGGGUCCUUAAGUAAAGUUAUACGGUCAAUUUUAUGUUGUCUUUAAAGUCUAAGACUCACUCGUUCAGUGCAUCUGUUUCUGGUGCUGUCACUCUAUCACAUACUCUUACAGAUUUCCUGUUAAAAUAGUGUACAUCUGAUGCACCUAAUGCUGUGUUCCAGGCAACCCUUGUUUUUCCAACCUUCUACCCGUGAAAGUGCACUGGAACAGCAGUUAGACUCGUGACUUCCCACCUGUGAACCCGUACUAGAUCGAUGUACUCCUAAUUCCGAGCUCUGAUGUCACAUAGCCCGCAAAACAACAAUGGCAGCACCUACGGAUAAUAUCGCCUGCGGAUGCAGUGUUUAUUCCAUUGGUACAUGUUGAAAAAUUUAUUUUAGAACAAUAUAAUGUUGCAAUAAAAUUAAUAAUCUAGCUUAAAACUUUUGCGCUCAGGAAGUUUGGCGUGACUUGCCUGGAAAGCUACAAAGUAGUGAGUCGUGACUUAAGGGCUCAAAAACCUGCCUGGAACGCAGCAUUAAUGGAUAACGAUUUUCCAGGUCCGAAAAUCUGAAGUCAGUAAUUGGUUCUAAGAAAUAUAAUCCCAAAAAUUAUAUAUAUAUAUAUAUAUAUAUAUAUAUCACUUUAAGAGGGUGUUAAAAACAAA